AUGCUUUGGGGGCUGGCCCUGCUGGCCCUGUGGGCGUGGCCCAGCGCACACGCUGGCGACCAAGACGAGGAGGACACCUCCUUCGAUCUCUUCAGCGUCAGCAACAUAAACCGGAAGACGAUCGGUGCCAAGCAGUUCCGCGGGCCUGACCCCGGGGUGCCCGCGUACCGGUUCGUCCGCUUCGACUACAUCCCCCCGGUGAACAGCGAGGACCUGAGCAGGAUCCUCAGGACCAUGCGGCGCAAGGAGGGCUUCUUCCUCACGGCCCAGCUGAAGCAGGACCGCAAGUCGCGCGGCACGCUGCUGGCCCUGGAGGGCCCCGGCGCCUCGCAGCGGCAAUUCGAGAUCGUGUCCAACGGCCCGGCGGACACCCUGGACCUCACCUACUGGACCGAGGGCACCCCGCACCCCGUCUCCCUGGAGGACGUGGGCCUGGCCGACUCGCAGUGGAAGAACAUCACUGUGCAGGUGGCCGGCGAGACCUACAGCCUGUACGUGGGCUGCGACCUCAUCGACAGCUUCAGCCUCGACGAGCCCUUCUAUGAGCAGCUGAGCGCCGAGAGGAGCCGGAUGUACGUGGCCAAAGGCGCCGCCCGCGAGAGCCACUUCAGGGGUCUGCUGCAGAACAUGCACCUGGUGUUCGAGAACUCCGUGGAGGACCUCCUGAGCCGGAAGGGCUGCCCGGGAGCCCAGGGAGCUGAGAUCAACGCCAUCAGCGAGCACACGGAGACGCUGCACCUGGGCCCUCACGUCACCACGGAGUUUGUGGGCCAGGGAGUGGCGAGAAGGCCGGAGGUGUGCGAGCACUCCUGCGAGGAGCUGGGCAACGUGAUCAGCGAGCUCUCGGGGCUGCACGUCCUGGUGAACCAGCUCAGCGAGAACCUGAGGAGAGUGUCAAAUGAUAACCAGUUCCUGCUCGAGCUUCUUGGUGGCCCUCCUAAGACGAGGAACAUGACGGCCUGCUGGCAGGAUGGCCGGUUCUUUGCAGAAAACGAAACCUGGGUGGUGGACAGCUGCACGUCCUGCACCUGCAAGAAGUUCAAAGUCGUCUGCCACCAGAUCUCCUGCCCACCUGCCACCUGCGCCAGCCCAGCUUUUGCCGAGGACGAGUGCUGUCCUUCCUGCUCCCACUCAAUGGACAGCGAGGAGGGCUGGUCUCCAUGGGCAGAGUGGACCGAGUGUUCUGUCACGUGUGGCUCUGGGACCCAGCAGAGAGGCCGGUCAUGCGAUGUCACCAGCAACACCUGCCUAGGCCCUUCCAUCCAGACGCGGGCUUGCAGCCUGGGCAAGUGUGACACCCGCAUCCGACAGAACGGCGGCUGGAGCCACUGGUCACCCUGGUCUUCAUGCUCUGUCACCUGUGGGGUCGGCAACAUCACACGCAUCCGCCUGUGCAACUCCCCAGUCCCCCAGAUGGGCGGCAAGAACUGCAAAGGCAGCGGCCGGGAGACCAAAGCCUGCCAGCGUGACCCCUGCCCAAGUGAUGGGCGAGGUGAUAUCUGUAAAGAUGAUUUUGACAAUGACAAAGUCCCUGACAUCGAUGAUGUGUGUCCUGAAAACUAUGCCAUCAGCGAGACGGACUUCAGGAACUUCCAGAUGGUCCCCUUGGACCCCAAGGGAACCACCCAGAUUGACCCCAACUGGGUCAUCCGUCACCAAGGAAAGGAGCUGGUCCAGACGGCUAACUCAGACCCCGGCAUCGCUGUAGGCUUCGACGAGUUCGGGUCCGUGGACUUCAGCGGCACGUUCUACGUCAACACGGACAGGGAUGACGACUACGCAGGCUUCGUCUUCGGCUACCAGUCAAGCAGCCGCUUCUACGUGGUGAUGUGGAAGCAGGUCACCCAGACCUACUGGGAGGACCAGCCCAGCCGGGCCUACGGCUACUCUGGGGUGUCCCUCAAGGUGGUCAACUCCACCACGGGCACAGGCGAGCACCUGCGCAACGCUCUGUGGCACACGGGAAACACAGAGGGGCAGGUUCGCACCCUGUGGCAUGACCCCAAAAACAUCGGCUGGAAAGACUACACUGCCUACCGGUGGCAUCUAACCCACCGGCCCAAGACAGGCUACAUGAGAGUCCUAGUGCACGAGGGGAAACAGGUCAUGGCGGAUUCAGGACCAAUCUAUGACCAAACCUAUGCUGGCGGACGGCUGGGUCUGUUUGUGUUCUCUCAAGAGAUGGUCUACUUCUCGGACCUCAAGUACGAAUGCAGAGAUGGCUAGGCGAGACGGCCACUCCCAGCCACAUGCGAAUGCUGUUCCCCAGACACCUCGGCCCAUCCUGACACCUGCAGCUUCUCUCUCUUUAGCGGCACUUCCUGUUCUCCGACCCUAACUGGCUGGU